AUGAAUGAAGACAUGGUAGUUUCGGCAGCUUCCGACAGAGCUGACAAUCCACGAGUUAGAAGACAUCGCGCCCGCCACACGAAGUCCCGCAAUGGCUGCUAUCCGUGCAAAUUCCGAAGGGUCAAGGUGCGUCUCGUCAUUCCUAGUCUUGUUGGUUUCCGUUUCCAACCGAAUUCUGAUUUCGUAAAGUGCGACGAGCUUCAACCCGCUUGUGGCACAUGUUCUUCCAGAGGCGAACCCUGCUCCUACCCUCCCCCACGCGUUACUUCGAGGAAACCUCCCAGAUCAAGAGCGGACACGGAGAAAGACGGUGGCUUACCAGGUCCUUUCGAACCAUCUGAUGAAGGUCCGCUACUUGGUCGCAUUCAGCCCUUAUCAAUAAAUGUGACAGCGCCGACGAUCACCUCGAACCAAUCCCACCAACACCGGCAUGGAGAUCUCGAAAUGAAUGAUUUGAAGCUCCUUCAGUUUUAUCAUCUACACACUGGAAGACAAAUGAGCUUGCACCAGAGGAGAUCCAAUGUUUGGCAGCAGAUUAUGCCCGAACUAGCGAGCAAAAGUCGAUAUCUGAUGCAUCUGCUCCUGGCAUUGGGGGGCAUGCACAUGAUUAAGCAGAAGGCCGAUGACAGCGGGACUGUUGUUGAAUCCUCAGAUACCGUGGAUUUGGGAAUCAUCAUGGAGCAUCAUCAAAGAGGGUUGGAAGGCUUCAGAGAAGAAGUGUCCCGCAUUUCUCCCUCCAAUGCCGAAUCAGUCUUCACGGGGUCUUUACUUCUUGUUGCAUUUGCUUUUGCAUUCCUCAGAGUUCAGGACCUUAACCCGGUUACCGGGGCGGCCGAAGAGAUGAGUAGCGCGAUGCCCGACCCUUCUUUAACAAAUGAGAUCCCUCGCCUUAACUGGUUAUACCUCAAUCGAGGUGUAAAUUCGGUGAUAGGUGAUCAGUGGCCUGUCUUGAAAACCAGCCGGCUCCGGCAGAUAUUGAUAUUACCGCAUACGGAUCUGUCUUGGGAUGAUUUAUCAUCCGGUGCACCAUCUCGGCUUUCUCGUUGCUCACCCCGUCUAUUGAAAUUUGCCCAAGGUGCUCGUCACGCAGUGGCUUCUAUCAAGGCUUCUUUGGAUGCGCUUGAGGCCAAUUGGGAUGGCUUAUCUAGCCGCUCCGGCACGCCAACAUCUCAGCCUUCACCGUCCGCGACUUUAGACUGGGCUAUAGAUGCGCACAACGAGGCAAUAGACAUUCUGGACUCUGUUUAUUCACGCAUUUUAUCCGUAUUGCGGUGUGCAGCAACCGAAGAUUCCACACACAAGGAGAUCCAGGUGGAUUUCGAAGAGGCAGCGAUUCUGUCCUGGCCGGUUUUUCUCCCCAGUGCUUUCUUAGCGUCACUUGAAAGAAGCGACCGUGACUUCCUUCAUGGACACUCGCUCGUCAUCCUCGCUCAUCUAUAUCUAGUAAACACUCUGGUCGAUACUUGGUAUAUGAGAGGCUCCUUUGAAAACGAGAUACUGAGGCUCAACGCGCUUAUUGGUUCCCUGAAUGGGAACGAACUGCCAGCAUUCAUGCUAUGGCCAAACGAGGUCUUGAGCUUGCCACUGACCUGUACAUCUUAA